AUGGGAGUUGGUGUUUUUCAGUCUUCAUUUGACCUCAGCCUCUUUGUGAAUCUUCAUCAAUUUUCAUCAGAUUUUUGGCAACUCAGGGACCAGGAACAUUUAUUACAGUUUAGUGAUGCCUGGUUACAGGUUGAAUUAUACCAGAGUCUAAAACAUGAAUCUUGGUGUAAAACCAAGGAAUUAUCUCUGAAGAAGGAAGUUUAUGAAAUAGAAUCACCCCAGUGGUUUAUAUUGGGAAGUCUUAAAAAACAUGGACUUGAGUGUUCCUGUUAUAGAAAUGACUGGGAAUGUAAAAGAAAGACUGACAAAAAACAAGGAUCUCAUGAGAAAAAUUUUAAUCAAGUUAUUUUCAACUAUGAAAAUAUAUACAUUUUCAGUCACAACACAUCUCCAUAUCAAAAAUCAUAUAUUGAAGAGAAAGACUAUGAAUGCAAGAGCUGGGAGAAAGCUUUUGUACAUGACUUACAAUUAACUACACAGCAGAGAAUUGAUACUGGCAAGAAGUUCAGGAACCAUAAGGAAUUUGGGAAGGUUAUUAGUAGAGGUUCAAAACAUACUCAGCAUCAGAUCAUGUUUACUGGUGAAAACUGUGAACAUAAGGAAUGUGAUAGGGCCUUAUACUGUGCACAUCAGAGUAUUCAUACUGAGGAGAAAAUCUAUGAAGGGCUCCUACGCCACACUACAGGUCCCAGAAGUCCCCGGGGCGGAAAUAAACUUCCGGCUGAAUGCGAGUUGGGCGGCCGGGUGCGCAGCCGGGACUGCGCGGUCGCAGUGAUUCGCCGUAGAGAGUGGAGGAGUCGGGGUCGCGGGCUGGCGCCCGGGGAGGAAUACUCGGGUCGAACGCUUUUUGCGGGGGUCUUUCGUUUUCUGGACUACACUUUCCAGAGGCCUCCGGGAGUGACGUCACUUCCUUCUAAGGUGGUCAGCGCCGUUGUGCUGGAGCGAGCUGCACAGCGCCCCGGCGCGGGAAGCGCGGCCCGAGGGUUCGUUCCGGUCUGCGGAGCGUGA